GGGAAGCGGCAGCAUAUCGUCCACCCCACCGGCGCACACCGCACACAGCACACAGGGAAACAGCCAAGGACAAAGGCAGAAGUCGCGAGGGAGGCGAGGACGAUGGGGAAGUACAUGCGCAAGUGCAGGGGCGCCGUGGGCGACGAGGUGGCGGCCAUGGAGGUCACGCAGGCCGUCGGCGUCCGGACCAGGUCCAGGGCCGCCGCCGUCGCCGUCGCCAAGCGGACCAGGAGGCCGCUCCCGCCGUCGCCACUCAGGGCCGCCAGCGCUGCCGUUGCUGCUGCUGCUUCGCCUGCUGGAGGUGGCCAGACCGGCGGGAGCUGCUACCUCAAGCUGCGCAGCCGCAUGCUCUUCAUGGCGCCACCGCCGCCGUCCACCUCGGCGCCGGCGAAGGGCGCGGAGGCCGGGCUUGGGGCGCCGCUCCCGGCCGGCCUCUCGCGCUGCUCCAGCACGGCGUCCUCGGUGGACGCCUCGUCGCCCGCGCCGCACGACAGGACCCUGCCGUGCCGCUCCGACGCUGCCGAGGCGGGCAGCGACAACGUUCGGCAGGGAUCGGCGAGCGGCAACGACAACUCGGAGAGCGGCCGCGACGACCACCGCGAAAGGAGGGAGACGACGCCGUCCAGCCGCCAGCUCCCCGGCGAGUCGAGCGAUAUGGAGUCGGAUCUGGCGGGGCGAAGAGGCAGCCGCUCGCUGCCGUCAGCGUUGACGGCUUCCCAACUCCAGGCGGCCGCGGCGAGGGCGAGGAUGCCCGAGGCGGCGGAGAUCGAGGAGUUCUUCGCGGCGGCCGAGGAGGCCGAGGCCAAGCGCUUCGCGUCCAAGUACAACUUCGACGUCGCCCGCGGCGUGCCCCUCUCCGCCGGCCGCUUCGAGUGGUCCCCGGCGGUGACCAGCAGCUAACCAGCUGCGCCGCUCAAAGCGUGCGAGCGCGUGCAAAGGGGUGGGAGAGAAGCUGUAGCUAGAAAGUCGCUCACUGUAGAGGCCGGCCGUGUGUAAGAAAAAAAGGCAAGGGAAAAGAUGCUCCAGAAAGAGGAAUACUCCAACAAAAGAAGCAUUAUAGCCUAACCAACCAACCAACCACCGAUGAUUCGAUCAUCCACCUUUCUUUACUCACACCUUCGCUAUCUUCUAAUUAAUUUCUGGUAUUUAUUUGUUCAGAACAAAGUUACUCUUGUUGACAUGACAGGAUAGAUCCCUCGGUCCGUCCGUCACCCUGUAAUUGCUUACUCCUUACUAGUUAAUUACCUGUAUCAAU